CGAGGACAUCGUGCGCAGAUGUGUGCAGACCAGCGCAUUGUCCGAGGAUGAGGGCAAGGGCGAGGGUGAGGGCGAGGGCGAGGGCGAGGGCGAAGAGGUGGUUCCGCAAGCUUUGUGGAGGAAUUCCGGAAUGCCGUCGGCGGGAGGAGGUACCCCGGGCGAGCGGUGCUGGCGGAUGCUGCAGUAUUACUUGGACAAGGAGGAGACGCAGGCUGCUGAGUGUCAGUAUAGGUUGAUGGUCGCCGAGUGUGUGCUGAAAUCUGAGCUGUGCGACUAUGCCUUGGCACCGUGGAUUACGACCCCGCUUUUACAGAGCUGCCCGCAGGACCUUAUUCGCUUGUGUCUGCGCCAUGGAUGUGUUACGGAGGCCGGUGAUUUCCUGUUGCAGCAUAUGGCGACAGUUCUCAAGCGCAUCUCUGCGCCUCCUUCUGCCACCACUGUUGUUGCUGCUGGAUGCAAUGUUACCGGUGGGGGGGUGUUAACGAGGGAGGUGUGGUUGCCGUAUGGCUUGAUUGAUCAAACCAUUGGUAUUUUGGAUGACUCUGUUGAGAGGUUUAAGGCUGCUGUGGCGAGGAUUAGACUGGCCCAGGAGGAGACCGAGGAGGAGACUACUGAGGAGAAUCGCAGUAGUUUGUUGAAGAGCUACGAGGAGAGACUUGAGGGUCUCGUGAGACUGAGCGCGGAGAUACGCGCUGCUGUAGAUCGGUAUGUCACUGUGGCUGCUCGUGAAAACCCGUCUGCUGCAACUAUGAUUGCGGUGGCUUAAUGUGUUUUCAUUAACGUUUUUUUUAUUACAUUAUUAAUUUAAACAAAAAAAAUCAACAGCA